AUGCCCGACCGGCCAGAUUCCCCCGCUCCCGGCGAGGCUCCCCCCGAGUCGGCUGACAGCCCGCCCACCCGGCGCCUGGACAUCCACAGCCUGGCUGCCGGGCCCGGCUGGCCCGCGCUGCAAUUCGAUCUGACCGCCCAGGAUGACGACGAUGACGACUCCACCAGUGGCGAAGGGCAGCAUGAGAGCCAGCUUGAGGAUGCCCAGGAUGCCAUGUUCAGUGGCAACAUUCGCCAGUCGAUUCAUGGCUCCAAUCUCCUUGAAGAGGGGGUCCUCCACCCGGAUGUCUUCCAAACCCUGUACUCGGCACUGACUGCCCGGUCGGAGCUGGUUGACUGGCGCUCGGCGUUGGCCUGCUCCCGGCUCUGGCUGUCGGUUGUGUCUUCCGAUUCGGCGGACAGCGCCGAUGCCGACAUCGUCCAGCAGGCACAGGCCGCUCGGGCAUGCAUCCGCGCGGCCUACCAGUCGAAUGACAUCCAAGUGCUGCUGGGGCUGGUCCAGCGUUUUGCGGCUUUGAACCGGGCGGCCGGCCGGCCGGCCGACGCGACUGCCGCCCUGGCCGGCGCCUCCCUCUUCGCACCCACUCCGGCCAUUUCGCAGUUCCUCCUCUCGCCGGAGGUCCUUGCCGAGGCGAACUACCUCCUGUGUGAUUUGGCCCGGGCUGCCGUGUUCGAGGGACGCCUUGAUGAUGACCCGGGCGUCUAUCGCGAUGAGCUGGCCGAUUUGGCUGCCGGCGACGGCCUCGAGGCCGCGUCGCCCUCGGUCACGGAGGCCGUGGCCGCUGUGGUCAACAUGCCGGGUUGUGUGGUCGAGGCAGAUCCCGAUGCUGAUGAGAUGGACCGGACCAUCGGCUCCCUUCGCCGUGUGUACCAGCGCAUCUGCGUGGCUUACAUCCUGUCCCAGUGCGCCGGGACCUUCCAGUCGUCGGUGUUGUCGAGCGAGCAGCGCCAGCAGACAGCCGACGAGGUUCUCGCCCAGGCGGUGGACUCCCUGCGCGACAAGGCCCGCAGCAUUCACCAGAGCUACAUUCGCCUGAAGACGGCCUCCGACCCCGGCGACCAGCUGGAAAUCAUCCGCUCGGACGCCAUGGCCGCCUGGACAAUGUAUGGCAUGGUAUGUCUGGAUGUCCUGCAAGACCGCGCCCUGGCCGAUGAGUGCAUCGAAUACAUGAAGAACCUCAACCCGAAUCACUUCCAUACGGUCGGUCUCCGGGCUUUGGUCCAGGUGAACCUCUCCGAUGCCAAGCACUGUCCAAAUGGCGCACCCGAGGGCAAUCCCUCCGCCGACGAGGAUUUCGACGCGGCCGACCUGCGGGUGGUCUUGCGCGAGACCGCCAUGAAGGCCAGCAGCCUGGUCCUGACGCGGAGAGCCCGCCUGCAUGUGCGCGAAGCCGGCGACUCUACCCCCGAAGGCGAAUGA